GUCGUUUUAAUCUUUGACUAUCCAAAUUCCAAAAGUCCGAUCGGCGGAGCCCCGUUCUCUCUGACCAAGAGAUCCAUCCUCUCUCUCUCUCUCUCUCUCUCUCUCUCUCUCUGUGCGCGUGUAUGAUCUUCUGUAGUUUGCAAAGGCUGUGUGUUUAUAGGUGGAGUCUAAAGGGAUGGAUUUGGUGGUGACUAGUGAUACUACCGCACUGAGUUAUUGGUUGAACUGGAGGGUCUUGCUUUGUGCAAUAUGGGUUUUGACGCCUAUGGUUAUAGCAUCAUACAUUAUAUGGAAAUAUGAAGUUCCCAACCAUUGGAAAUCAGCUGACAGAGCAGAAGCUCAGCAAAAAAUAGCUCACUCUCUUUACAAUGAUGAGACUUGGAGGCCAUGUAUUAAACAAAUACACCCCAUUUGGUUGUUUUCUUUCCGAAUUAUGGCAUUCUCUUUGCUCUUGGUUAUACUCAUUAUUGAUCUUGACGUCCAUGGAGCUGGCAUGUUUUACUACUAUACUCAGUGGACUUUUGCUAUGAUUACCGUUUACUUUGGGUUUGGAUCGGUGCUCUCCAUUUAUGGAUGUUAUCAGUAUCACCGAAGUUGGAGAGAUUUUAAUGGUCAUCGUGUGGAGACGGAUGCAGAGCAGGGGUCCUAUGUGCCUCUUGCAUAUAGGGAAGCAACAACUAUAGUCGAAACGGGAAAAAAUUCAUGUGCCCAUGAAGAAAAUCAUUUCCAUGAAAGAUCAGGUGUUUGCAAAUAUGUCUUUCAAGUAAUGUUCCAGAUGAGUGCUGGGGCGGUAAUGCUAACUGAUUGCAUAUAUUGGUUCAUAAUUUUUCCAUUUCUCACCAUCAAAGAUUACAAUCUGAAUUUUCUAACAGUUAUUAUGCAUUCAGUGAAUGCUGUCAUGCUUCUUGGUGAUACAGCUUUGAAUUGCUUGCCAUUGCCUUGGUUCCGGAUUACUUACUUCAUUUUAUGGACAGGAUUUUUCGUCAUUUUCCAGUGGAUUAUUCAUGCUUGUGUCACAAUUUGGUGGCCAUAUCCAUUUCUGGACUUGUCAUCACCAAAUGCUCCAUUAUGGUACUUGUUGGUGGCAUUGAUGCACAUUCCAUGUUAUGGUGUCUUUGCUUUAAUUGUCAAAUUAAAACACUACCUUUUGUCUACCUAUUUCCCUCAAUCCUAUCAAUGUGCGAGAUAGAAAUGGAGUGCUGGUUCGGUUUCUAAGACCUAAAUCGGUGCACGGGUUAUUGGAUUACUUAUAAAAGUGAGUUAUUGAUCAAAUCCGAAGUCAGUUUCCUUCAACUGAUCAAACCCAACUCACAGGCCAGCUGAGGGUAAACUCGAAAACAUGGGUUGGAGGAUGGGAGACAGCCAUGAAGACCCUUCUCAAAUUUUCAUCAUCUUUUCUUGUUGAUCUUCACACUUCAGGGUCAUAGUGAAGUAAACUCAGUUGAACGUUAUAUCCCCAAGCCCCAACUCAAGGACAAGCUCUUUGUUGAGCCAACACUAUUAUCGACUGGAAAUUGAACUGUGGUGCUGCAAAAAAUCCAAAUGCAUCCAGUUUUUUUUAGUUCAGUUAUUAUUUCCUAUUGGUCCUGCAGGCAUAGAAUAGAAUAAAAUUAAUCUUUAUAAAUUUA